AUGCCCUCCCCAUCCUUCUUUAAAUCACCUCGACAGGCGCCGCCCAUGAGACCCUCUCGAUCCCUCGAGGGUCUCGAGCGUGUUAUUCCCCCACGAUUCUCUGACCCCCCAGGACGAUCGACCGUCCACCUCGACAAACCGCUGCCCGAAUUACCUGUCAAACCGUUACCAGAAACCCCUUCGAUGGAGGGAUCGACCGCCUGGAGUGAGGACAGUAGCCUCGUCGACAGUCUGGAGUCCCACCGGCACUCGGGGGAUUCCACCGAGAGCUACCCCGUCUUCGUCCGUCCGGGUUCCGCGGAUCUGUCCGAGCUGGUCGACCAUGCGGCGGCGCCGGAUUCCUCGCUGGAUCGUGCCUCGUCGUCCGGUCUCGAGGACUACGUGAAACACCCGCCGCUGUCGAAAAGCAAUCCUUAUCUGUCGGACGAGGACUACGAACCGGAACGACCCAUCCCUCUGUGGAACCCGACGCCCACGGGUCCCAACCAUUAUUUCCGCGAAAAGAAGUGGGACUUCUUCCCUGAGCUGGCCACUCCAUCGGCCAUGAACACUCGGGCGCCCCCAUUCCCGACAAAACCCCAGAAGAACAGCAGUCAGAAACCAUCGAUGGCAACCCUCCGAUCGCGGGGGCUAAGCCUAGCCCACGACGUGCGGGAUUCAAUCCGCUCCUACGUCCAGCGACGACUGUCCCGGAAUUCAGUCGACAAAGAGAAGACCAAGCGCGAGCAACGACCCGCCACCGCGCCCGACGACACCCCCGACUACCUCUAUGCACAACCUGCACGGCAGCGGGUGCCGUCAAGUCAGUAUUCCGACCACGAAAGCACCAUCACCGACAUGAAGUCCGCAGGCAUCUGGACGAAGCGGCUAUCCGUAACGAGUGCCACGAGCACCGCCGCCUCCAGCAAACCACCCCUCACACCCCUCGCCGCCUCUCGGCGGAAGAAGCAACUGGCCGUGCCCCUGUCCGCCUACCAGAAGUACGGACCCGCCAUCUGGGAGAAACCCAGCCGCGAGAAGCGCAUCAGCUAUCGCCAGAACCACCGCGUGCGGUUCCCGCGCUAUCGACGAAACACUACCACGCCGCGGACCCGGCCGGGGUCGGCGGUGGCUACCUCCACCCCCUUGCCGUCGCCCACACACUCGCAGCUGCAGCGGAAGACGACCCGCGAACGCGUACGCGCGCUGCAGAGUGGCACCAGCCAUGUGCUGGUUGCCCUGGACGGCGCCCGGAAGCGGAUCAUCGGGGCACGGGUCGAGCGCAAGCAUAGCCAGCUGAAGUCACAGAUUCGACUGGUUGGGCCGGUCAACCCAUACCAGAACCUUCGACAGGCGGAUACAUGGAUCUAACGUGAAACUGGGAGCCAAGUGGGCGAUGAGAGGGCUUGAUUGUCCGAUUCUUCUUUCUUUGACCUCGAGUCUACUAUAUUGCAUUCUUCUUUCUAUCCUUUAGCUUUUUGCUCUUUUGAUGCUUGUUUCUUCCCCGCCGUUGUUAUAUUGAUAUCCACUUGCUUUUUCUCAUCUCUUGAUUUCAGACUGCUACGCUGGGCGUUGGGGACAUGGUUGGAGCAGGACUACCCUUUUUGAUUCAAAAUAUGACUAUCUGUCUUUAUUCUUUAUUCCAGACUGUAAUCAAACAUUCUCGUCAGUAUAUGACUAUAUGUAAUUAGGGCUUGGCUGUCUUGGCCAAAUGAUCAACAUUCUUCCCCGCUG